CGGGCAAGGUCGCCAUAUUGCGAUUUGCAAGAACGCGCCUGGGAAGUAGGCUAUCGUACAUUCACACUACACGAAAUAUCCCAGCCAUGACCCAGACCGUGCAGACGAAUGGGGUCCAGCCUCUCAGCAAGACGUGGGAGCUGAGUCUCUACGAGCUGCAGAGAACGCCACAGGAGGCCAUCACAGAUGGAUUGGAGAUUGCCGUGUCACCACGCAGCCUGCACAGUGAGCUCAUGUGCCCCAUCUGCCUGGACAUGCUGAAGAAUACCAUGACCACCAAGGAGUGCCUGCACCGCUUCUGUGCAGACUGCAUCAUCACAGCGCUGCGAUCUGGCAACAAAGAGUGUCCGACCUGCAGGAAGAAGCUGGUGUCAAAGCGCUCCCUUCGUCCAGAUCCCAACUUCGAUGCCCUCAUCAGUAAGAUCUACCCGAGCAGAGAUGAGUAUGAGGCCCACCAGGAGAGGGUUCUGGCUCGCAUCAGCAAGCACAACAACCAGCAGGCUCUGAGCCACAGCAUCGAAGAAGGCCUCAAGAUCCAGGCCAUGCAAAGGCUUCAGAGGGGGAAGAAACACCAGCUUGAGAAUGGUAGUGGGGCCGAGGACAAUGGAGACAGCUCCCACUGCAGCAAUGCCUCCGUGCACAGCAAUCAAGAGGCCGGGCCCAGUAUCAAGAGAACCAAAACCUCAGACGACUCAGGCCUGGACAUGGACAACACCACCGAAAAUGGCGGUGGCGACAUGGCCCUUGAUGGCGCUAGUGAGAUUGAGCUAGUCUUCCGUCCUCACCCAACACUGAUGGAAAAGGAUGACACAGCACAGACAAGGUAUAUUAAAACUUCAGGAAAUGCAACAGUUGAUCACCUGUCCAAGUACCUGGCUGUGAGGUUAGCCCUGGAGGAGCUUCGCAAGAAUGGAGAUGCCAGCCCUAUCAACGUGGAGGCAGCAAGUGAAAAGCAGUACACCAUCUACAUCCCCACAACCAACAGCCAGUUCACAGUUCUGAAUGGAUCCUUCUCCCUGGAGCUGGUCAGUGAGAAGUACUGGAAGGUCAACAAGCCUAUGGAGCUCUACUUUGCCCCCACCAAAGAGCACAAAUAGUCUUGCCGUGGAAGGGCUGAACAGACUGACAGCUGUCCUCUUUGUUGCCAUGUUGGAUCUGCUAGUUUCAGGUGCACCUGUAUCUGACUAACUGUGGCUAUGCGUGUUUUUUUUCCUUUUCUGUACUGGUGUUUAAUAUUCCUGUAGUACACUUAAUGUUCAUAUUAUGCACUUUCUUUAGUUUGGGGAAAAAAAUCCUUCAUCUAGUAGCUGCUGUUGGCAAAGGGUUUUACUUUUUUCUUUUAUCAGAAAACUUAUGAAAUGUCUAAGAUGUUCAUUUUUACAUUAUUUGAAUGGUAGGUACUAGGAAAUCAUGCCAGUUUGUCAUCAAUUGUGCAUUUUCAACCAUUAUUUGAAUUUUUACAUAAAAGGGGUUAAUCUUACAUUUGGUUUUGAUUUAUGAAUAUUCUAAAAGGCCUGAUGGUGCAUUAACAACAGGGUCCCAGUACAGAAUGAUUAAAUGAGGAAAAAACUUCAAAUUUAGUCUGGGAAGACAGAGCUGAUAUCCAGUGUGGAACAUGUUUUUUCAAAUUAACUUUCCUACUCCACACGAUACAACUUUUUCUAAUACAAAUAGAGGAUGGUAACGGAAACACUUUUCGGACGCAAAGUAAACUCUUGAGCUUGACCUUAAAGUGCGAUGUCCCAAUUUAAUAUGAAGAAGCCUUUCAAAGGACACCAUGAAAUAGCUGAAUAGCAUGUCGAGUGCUAGGUUGAAGUUUUGCAUAAAUACAGUUCCCUUUUCAGGGGGUAAAGGGUAUACAGCAAUAGCUAAUAACAUUAAAAAUGUUCAACCCAGAUCUUGUUUUUGUGAUUUUUUUUUUUUUUUUUUUUCCUUUGACCACACUGUAUUGCAGUUUUCAUAUGUAUUGUUUCCUUUAUGUAAUGGCGUUAUAAAUACAUUUUCCAGUGUUAAAAAGAUAAUGCAUUGAAAUCCUAGACAUAAUAAAGCUAAAAUCAUCUUAAUGUUAUUUCAGUUUAAGCAACUGUUACAAGUGUGUAGAUCCUCUGUAUACUCAAAUUUUGUCUUGAAAGACCAGUCUUCAUCUUUGACAAACAGUUCAACAGGAAUGUGGGAAAAAGAGGUAUGAGUUGCUGUUUUUAUUAUUGCUUUGUUCUAAGUGCAACAUGGGCAAAACUGAUGGUCAGUUAUAAAAUCAAAAUUUAAAGGAAAUGUAGCAUUACAAGUGAGAACAAUUUCUCUAGUGCCCCAAAAGAAUUAGCAAAGGGUGGCUGCAAGUUUCCUCUCUGAACUAGGCCUAAACAUUUUUGUUCCUUUUAAGUGAGUAGAAGAGGUACAAAUUUGAACCAGGCUGAAAGUGUAAGUUUUUAU